GUUAAUGAUCGUGGAAUCAUUGGGAAACGGCAAGAGAAGCCCCCACGUUUGUGGGCGCAGCGCUUCUGGAAGCCGGACGCUCCAUUCCGCAUGCUCCUUCUCAGGACAGGAAACACGUCAUGAAAGGGCUGACCAUCAGCGAUCUACGGAGUAUGAAGCAGAAGCCAUAAGGAAGAGAUUAUGGCAAGUAAUCUUAGACUUGGCCCUGAUUUCCCCCUCCCUGGAACAGCAGCAUCCGUGGACUCACAAUCCGAAGUUGAUGCCUCUUCCUCCCCACAGGAGCUGCUUUAUAAAAUCGUGACGAUUCUCGAAAUUCAACUCUCUGAACUCAACGGAAAAGUCGGUACUGUUGAUGCUACACUCAAGGGUCUCGACGUCAAUAUUUCUGCUGUAGGAGGUGACGCUAUCGGCGGCGACGCUGUCGGUGGUGCUGGGGGCAAUGCAACCGCGACCACAAUUGCACACGCAAUUGCAAUCGCAAACGCACAUGGACGAGAUCGAUUGCAAAGCUAUCAGAGUCUCCCGCAACGUCUCGACGAUAUCGAAAAGCAUCUCAAACAUAUCGAGAAGCGUCUCACGCUCGUUACUGCUGCUGCGCUGUUAUGUAAGGAAGAUUGUGGGGGAGAGAUACAUUUCCAGGCAUCCUGCAAAAAUGGAAGAGGUAGACAUACCGCCUGACCUCCUCGUCUUCUAGAUUCUGCUGACUGAGGGUGAGAUUCUACGAGUUGGGAUAGCCCAAUUAUGCCAGACCUACUAGAAGGAUAUGCGUGGUGCUCUGGGCUGUAGAAUAAAGUCAUCCUUAUGCCUUUUCUAACAUAUUGUACCGCUCAGGUUGCCAAGGGAUAGAAGCAAGCUUCUUACCUUAGGUUAGGGGCUAGAUAGUGAGUCAAUAAGUCAAGGGAAAUCACACGUGAAGUAUUGAAGUAUUGCGCAGUCACAAGUAUAAGAGUACCAUUUGAGUUGAGCACGAAGCUCUUACAGUGGGUGGCCAUAAGUCUACGCGUUGGGCUGUUUUACACCAAAAUGCCCCUGUAGCACUUCGAGAUUUAGAGGGGUUCUCGGGCCAAGAUUUACCCUAGAUUUAGGGACUUCCUUCGUAUUUACACGGCGGGUACUUCUACGUACUCGGGAAUUUUACGUUUUAUCCCCUUUUAAGCUAUAAAGUAGGAUAAUAGC